UUGGAAUAUGGAUUUGCAAUUAAUUUUACACUGAGAAUUGAGAUCCAAAUAUUAUUUGAAGCGGAGAUUGAGAAAAAAAUGUUGCAAUCGGAGAGGAAUUUGUCUGAUAAUUUUAUUUCAACCUUCAACCUUGGUCGUGAGCACAUCCUGAACAUGCAUCGCAGGUGGCGACGAAUUUGCUAUUGACCCUGGCUGACCCGACACUCUCCUCCGGUCCUCUGCCUUGAGUGCUGAAUAAAGAAAAUUUAGUUUCACUUGUACCGGCGUCACAAUUGUUGGCGACCUUCAACGCGUCGCAGCUCGGCUUUAACUCUCCCGCGCAGCAAACGAGAACAACACGAAAAUUCUGCAAAUAUAAAACUAAAAUGCGGGAGAAGAUAAUCGCGUGGAUAUUCGUAAUCUGCAAACUGACCAUUUACUGCGAUGCACAGUCUUGGGCCAAGGAGAAUAAUUUUCCGGAAGUGACUUUGUCUGAAUGUAGGAAUUAUAACAAGGCCAAGCCUUUCUUUGCCGCACCAGUAUUCAGCACAAGCGACACGGACAACUUGAGUUUCAAUGAUUGCGGCACGUGGGGCGGAAACGAGGGCGAACCUCUUGACAAGUGGUUCGUUUUCUUGGACCUGGAAUUCUGCUCAGCUUUGAUUUUGUCUGAGCGAACCGUCCUCACUUUCAGCACAGGUGGUGAAAGCGGCAGAUGCAACAACAUUUACACAGAAUUCGUGAUCCGAAGGGACGAGCUGGACGAACUAAUGAACGUCAACAUUUUUGGCGGCGAGUGCGUCGACCCCGAAGACAGGGGCACUUGUCGAGGGCAGCGCGGUUUGCUCAGCCAAAAGGUCCGAGACGUGAAGAAGAUCAAAGUCAGGAUCGGCGCGAUCACGUGGCAUUUCUUCUACAUUUGGCAGGUCGACAAAAUGACAUUUGGUCCACACUUGCAACCCGCUUGUUUGGCAAACAGAGACAACCAAAAUGAUCUCUUGGAAUCGUUUUAUUCCUACGAUUAUAGAACUAGAAAACUGAUGUCGAUUGAUUUGUGGCCGGAGGAAAAGAAGUGUUACGAAGGAAAAAUAAGAGAAUGGAAGUGCGAUUUGUACGGCAACUCGAUCUGUUUGAAAUCCAUCAAAGAAAAUCCGAUUUUGUACAGUUCUUUGCUCAUAAUGAAACGAGCCGGUCGCUUUUUCCUGCGCGGUUUUUCCAUUUUCUUUUCACAAAAUGCGGUCACAUUUCUGGACGUGCUGCCGUUUAUGAGACAAAUCGUGUCCCAGUCCAAGGACCUGGCGAUGAUGCCUGAAAUCCCCGCCGUCGAAAACCAAAUUGAUUUCGGCGCGGGUCAGAGUUUCAAGGAUUGCGGACUUCCGGCGGGACGGCGCCGAAGCAAAAGGGAGGAGGACGACGAUGACGACGACAAGGCGCCGGGGGCGAUCACCUCCCUAGUCGCGGGGGGUGCAAACGCGGUCAGGGGUCAACACCCGUGGCACGCCAGUGUGUCGCGCUUGACCGAAACAGGCCCAGAAUAUGACGUUUGCGGCGCCACGCUUAUUUCGAAGAAAACUCUCGUAACCGCGGCGCAUUGUGUGUUCAAUCCAACUUUGAUCGCCUCUUCCGACUUGGAUGUUGUGCUUGGAAUGUACAACUCGUCCAAAUCGUCAGAGGAAACGCGUCAAAAGGCCAAGGUUUUGAGGGUGGUUGUUCACCCCGGGUACAACCACAGCAAGGGUGACUUCAGGGACGACGUCGCUCUGUUAAUUUUGGCCGCCCAAGUCACAAUCACCGAUUUUGUUCGGCCCAUUUGUUUGUGGAACUCGGACUACGACCUCGAUCGAAUCGUCAACAAAACGGGCACGGUGGUCGGCUGGGGCUACACGUCCGAGCACAAGCAGCCGUCGAUUCUGCAGAAGGCCGACUUGAAAGUGGUUUCGUACCGAGAGUGUUUCGAGAGCAAAAGGAAAUUCUUCUCUGUCAAUUUGCACCCGCGGCGCAACUUCUGCGCAGGCUAUCCGCACAACCAAACGAGCGCGUGCAAAGGGGACAGCGGCGGCGGCUUUUCCCACUUUGAUCGAAACGCAAAUCGGCACUUUUUGCGCGGCGUCGUCAGCGCCGGCCGAAGCAAGUCGGUGUUGCUGGACAACGACCUCCUUGUCACGUGCAACCCCCAAUACUUCACCCUCUACACCGACCUCGCCAGCUACGUCCGCUGGAUCGUCGACAACGCGCCCGAAAUCAACCGCCCUCAGAAAUAAAAAAGAAAAUAAUUUCUAGUAAUUUAUUAUGCAAAAUAUAUUUAUCAAGACUUGGUCACUUUUUGUAAUUGAAAGGUAUGAAAAAUAAAAAAAUAUAAAAUAUGAGCAAAAAAAAAAAAGGAUUGAAGUUUAUUUACGUUUAAUUUGAGCAACAGAUACACUUUUCAUAAUUUAUUCUGCUGUAAUGUGCGA